CUUUUUUGUUCUUGUUUCAUAGCUUAAAAUGAUUUCUAUAUCCACCGAACUUUUUUUCAAUGAAGCCGAAUUUCGACUCAUCAUUCCAAAUCACCCCAAAGAAACUGAAGAAGAUCCUAUAGCCAUCAUCGAGUCUAAUCCACGUGAAUUCGCAUUCUAUGAUGAACACCUUCAAGUCUACUUACUUGCGCGUGUGUCGAAACAAAUAUCAGGUGCCGGUGAAGAAGUGAAGGAAGCCAUUCAUGCCUUUUACAAUCAGUUGGAAGUCACUGUCGAUGCUACUUUUCUCGAUACCGUCACGCCUAAUUUAAACAGGUCGUCUUCAGCAACUACCCAAUCCAGUCCAACUUCACCCAAAAUUCAUCAACGUAGAACCAUCAAUGAUGUGUCCACACCAUUCUUUACACAAGCUUAUAACCGAAACAAUAAGAAUGCCGAAUUUAUCUUGUUUGAACAAGAAGAUACCUUUUGCUGCCUCUACCCUAUCAUUGUCCCUAUUGUAUAUGCGAAGACAAAGACGGCAAAUCCAGUUUUAUCCAUCAAUUCAAAUAUUCAGUACAGACCACUUCCGUUAAAGAGAGCAACCACUCAAGCAGAAUUAAACACACAAGAUGAUUCCGAAUACGAUACAGAUUUAUUUGAGACCAUUAAUUUAUUAAGUGGAUUAUCUGAAGAUCCAGUAUUUUCAGACGGGGAACGACCACUUCAAAGAUUUGUAAUGGAAAGCAACACCAGACAACCUAGCGGAUCCUCUUCCUCUACCACCACCAAUAUGAAUACAACACCUAGCUCACAACUCUCCAUGAAACGAAGCGUACGCGAGAAUUUAGCUAUUCGUUCUGGAUUGAACGUCAAAAUGCGCACCACCAACGCAUCUGUGGCAGAGAAAAUGGUCAUGAUGUCGGUCGAGUUGGAAAAUCCUGCUGAAGUGGGUUGUGAAUUCUUGGUGGACCGCGUGGAAGUUCAGGUAUCCAAUGCAGUCGUAUCCAUGGCAUUCAACCAGAUUCAAUUUCCUAUCGAAUUAAACAAAUCAGAUUUGAUGGUAUUUGUAUAUGAUGUCACAUUGUUAGAUGAUGGAUCUGUGAAACCACCUACGCAGACCCCCCGUGUAUUCGCAUCUCGCAGAGCAUUGCCUCAACAGCAGCAGCAACAACCUGUAUACAAUGAUGAUAAAAUACAGCCUCAACGUGUCUCUAUUCAGAUAUAUGGAUCUCCCAUUAUUGAUGGUAAGAAGGCGUUGCCUAUGCGAUCCAAAUGGAAUACAAUGCUGGAUGUAUCGGGUAUCCGACAAAAGAGAGAGGAAGUGCCUUCUCCCUUUAUCGACAAAUUCCCACCCGCUUCACCCAUGGCUCGAUCACAAUCAGCGCAAGGAAGUAUAUUUUCACCAGGAGCAAGAUCUAUUGUGGGAAGUCCCGGAGGUUUAGGCCAUCAAAUGAGUCCAUCUCUGGAAGGCGUGUUUGGAAUGAAGAAACAAAAUAGUAUCAGUAGUACAGUAUCCACACCCACAAAUAAUACAGGUGCAAGACGUGCACCCGAGCGAGAAAUUGCGGAUGGCAUUGUUGUGUCUUUUACAGUACCCGAUGCCAUUCAGGUUGGAAAGAUCUUUUCGCUUCAUAUAUUUAUUGUCAAUCGAUCCAAACACACAAGACGAUUUCAAGUGAUGAUACCUAACCGUAAACGCAAUCCUACAGAAGUAUUUGGACACACCAUGAAGACAACUUUACCUCCUUUACCUAUUGAGCAAGUUCCCAUCGACCCAUACAUGGAUGAAUCAGAGUUUUUAAAGCAAUACUUUGAAAAUGAAACGCAUGAAGCUGAUAUUAUUUGCUUGGAAAAUAAUGUUCGUCUUAGUCCAUUGGGACCUUCGACUUCUCAAAGUGUGGAUAUUCAAUUUAUUGCAGUGAAGGAAAAGUUACAUACAAUCGAUCUGGUUCAGUUGGUGGAUCAGGAUACAGGGUUUGUAACGAAUCUUCGUCAUGUAUUAGAAGUUUAUGUCGAGCAGCAAUUGAAAAAUUAAAUAAAAAUAAUGAUUAAAAGGGUUAGCUACA